CAAAAUAUUUAGAGGAAAAUGAAGAACGUAGGCAUGGUUUUGUUCAUUUUUCUUUUACUGGAGGCAAUGUGCAGUGAAGGGUGUUGGAAGGAAGAGAGAGAAGCUCUUUGGGACCUAAAUUCCCAUUUUGGCUUCCCUUUGUCUUUGAAGUGGUAUGGCACAGAUUGUUGUCAGUGGGAAGGAGUUGAGUGCAACUCCUCCACAAGGAGAGUGGCCAAACUCAAUCUUUAUGAAGACACGUGGAAAAAUGUUAAUCGGUAUCUAAACUACACGGAUUUUAUUGUCUUCAAAGAUUUGAAGAGUCUCAACUUGUCACAUAAUGGGAUAAUUGGUUGUGCAGGCAAUAAUGAAGGUUUGGAAAAUUUGGAAGUCCUUGACUUGAGUGAUAAUCAUAUAGAUAAUGCUGCCAGCAUUCUUUCUUGUUUGGAUGAACUUUCAUCUCUAAAAUCUCUAUAUUUAACAUAUAACAGGUUCAAUGUAUCUUCAAUCCACGUUUUGGAAUCUCUGUCAUCAAAGUUGCGUUAUCUGGAGGUCCUGGACAUAAGUGGUAAUUAUUUGACUAAUGACAUCCUGCCAUCUCUUGAGGGAUUCACAUCAUUGAAGGAACUGUAUUUGGCUGCAAGUCAUUUGGACUCAGAUGUUCAUGUUCAAGGUUUAUGCUCAAGAUUGAGGAAUCUUGAGGUCCUUGACUUGUCCCACAACAACUUCAAUGACAGUGAUAUUGCAUCUGCUCUUAGUGGGGUUUCGUCCCUAAAGUCCUUAAAUUUAGGACAUAGUCAAUUGACUCCGAGAUCAGUUUUUAAUAUGUCAAAACUGAGAUCUCUGGAGAUCCUGAACUUAGCUGGAAACGAUUUGAAUGAGAGUAUCCUGGGGUCUCUAGAAAGCGAAGGAUUUACGUGGGCAACCAAUUUACAAGUCCUGGGGCUGAGUUCAAACUGUUUCAGCAACCAGUUUCUUUCAUCCCUAAGUGGGUUUGGACGUCUCAAACAUCUUGAUUUAAGUCACAAUCAAUUACAAGGAUCAUUAGAUAUAAGUGGACUAUCUACUUUAAUCAGUUUGGAGAUUCUCGAUCUUAGCUAUAACCAAAUCAACAAUCUUGUAGCAUGCCAAGGCUCAAAAGGACUAAGAAAAUUAGAGGUCCUUGCUUUAGAUAACAAUAUGAUAAAGGGAAGCAAAUUGAAGGAAUCAUUAAGAGCUUUCUCAUCUAUUACUGUGCUUUCCAUGAGUAAAAUUAGAUUUACCGAAACAGUUAUUGCUAGAGAUUUUAAUGAUUUAAAAAAUCUUGAACAUUUGGCAUUGGACUACAAUUCAAACCUAGGGAACGAAUUCCUCCAAAGUAUAGGAGAAUUGACCUCAUUAAAAGUUUUGUCUCUUUCAAGCUGUGGAAUAAAAGGCAUACUUCCUGCUGCUGAUUGGUUUAAGUUGAAGAAAUUGGAGGCAUUAGAUUUAUGCGAUAACGAAUUUGAGGGGUCACUUCCCUCAACUUUUGUUAACAUGACAUCUCUUCGGAUGUUGGAACUUUCUCAAAAUAACUUCACUGGAAAUUUUGAUUCUAACCUUGCAAGUCUUACAUCACUUGAAUAUUUUGGUUUUGGAGAAAACCAAUUUGAGGUUCCUAUUUCUUUCACACCAUUUGUCAAUCACUCAAAACUCAAGUUCAUUUAUGGUGAAGGCAACAAACUCAUAUUAGACUCAGAAAGUAGAUUACAAACUUGGAUUCCAAAAUUUCAAUUACAAGUGCUUAUUUUGUCUUCAACAAUUGAGACUAAUUCUCUUCCAUUCCCCAAUUUUCUUCUUUACCAAUACAAUUUAACCUGUUUGGAUUUUAGCAAUUGGAAGUUGGAAGGAGAGUUUCCUCAUUGGUUAUUGGAAAAUAACACACAAAUGACUGAAAUUCAUGUUAGACAUUGCUCUUUGACUGGUACUUUCCAACUUCCAUCACGUCCUAUACUCAAGAUAAAGAAGAUUGAUGUGUCUGAUAAUAACAUAGUUGGUCAAUUACCUAGCAAUAUCAGUUCAAUCUUUCCAAAUUUGCAAAUUUUGAACAUGUCUAGAAAUGACAUUCUAGGUACCACACCUUAUGAAUUCGGCCAAAUGAACUUAUUGGAUACAUUGGAUAUCUCGUACAACUAUUUAUCUGGAGAACUACCAAAGAAUAUAUCUGGGGAUAAGUGUCAACUCAGAAUUUUGAAACUUUCUAACAAUAUGCUAGAUGGAUCCUUGUUUCCUACUUUGUUAACAUUGAAAAAUUUGGAGCAGUUGUAUUUGGACGACAAUAGUUUUUCUGGAAGUAUCUUAAAUAGUUUUCCUGCCACAUCAUUGAUUGUCAUGGAUUUAAGCAAUAAUCAUUUAAGGGGAAAGCUACCAGAUGUGGUCAGAAAUUUGUCAAACUUAAUAGCACUUUCAUUGUCCAACAAUCAUCUUGAAGGAUCUAUUUCAACAAGAUUUGUUAUGGAGCUUAAAUCUCUAAUGUUUCUAGAUAUCUCAAAAAAUGAUUUCACUGGUCUUGUACCAUCUUUUGCCAAUUCUUGCACCAGGUUCAUUCGUUUGAGUGAUAAUAGGUUAAGUUCCUUGUCUAAAAACAUGUUCAAUGGAAACUCAUCCUUAGUGAUGCUACUAGACCUUAGCUACAAUGAACUAACCAAUGGUGUUGAAGAAUUGGUAAUGGAACUUGAAAACUCAGGGUUAGACAUUCUCAUAUUGAAAGGUAAUCACAUUACAGGGCAUAUACCAAAACAGUUAUGCCAGUUAUCAGAUUUACGUAUGCUAGACCUUUCUUAUAACAACUUUUUUGGUCCAAUACCCAAUUGCUUGGGUAAAAUGCCUUUUGACAGAAGUAUUUCAGUUGGCAUUCGGAUUGGAGAAGAAAAGGUAGAUUUCACUACGAAGAAAAUAUCCUACACUUAUGAAGGGGAUGUCCUUAAUUAUAUGUCUGGAGUUGACUUAUCCCACAAUAAACUAAGCGGGAUUAUUCCUUCUGAGCUUGGUAACUUGAUAAGAAUUCGAGCACUGAACUUAUCCCAUAAUGAUUUGACUGGAAAAAUUCCAUCUACAUUCUCCAAUUUGAUACAAACUGAGAGUUUAGAUCUUUCCUUUAACAUGUUGAGUGGUCAAAUUCCUCCUCAAUUGAGUAGGCUAACCUCGCUUGAAGUAUUUUGUGUGGCACACAACAAUUUAUCUGGUGCAACACCUGAAUGUAAAGGACAAUUUUCCACAUUUGAUGAAAGCAGCUAUGAGGGUAACCCAUUCCUUUGUGGACAUCCUCUGCCAAAGAUUUGUAAUCCUCCACCUGCUUUUAUACCAAAUGACUUGUUCAUUGAUGGAGACAAUGAUACCUUGAUGGACAAUAAUGUUUUUUGUGUUAGUUUUGUGGUGUCAUACACAUCAACGUUAUUGGCAAUUGCAGCAUCUUUAUACAUUAAUCCUUAUUGGAGGCAAGCAUGGUUUUACUAUAUGGAACUGGCUAUUUCAAAUUUCUACUACUUUAUCGUGGACAAUUUGAGAAGGUUUUCCAAUUUUAGAAAUAUGUAACAUGUUACCUUGUAUGCCUCAUACUUGUUUUGUUAUUUACUUGGAAUGUUUUAAUAAAUAA